AAUAAGAUUUGCUAAUGUUAACGUACAGAAGUUUCUGAUUUUAAUUAGUUCCAAUAUGUCUGCUGUGACGCAAGUGAGAAAACAUCUUUUCGAGACAUGCUGUCGGCUGUGUUUGGGCACCAGCAAUGAUCGUUCCCUCAUCGAUGUGUUUACGGUCAACAAUCUGAACAAGAUCAUUAGAGAUGUGUUCAACAUAAAUGUUACUCCCAUUGAUAAGUGCACAACAAGAAUCUGUACACAAUGUUUGGCUGACUCUUAUGAAUUUAAUAGAAGAAACAAUACAUAUCUUCAGGAUAAGUCUCGUGUUAUCAAGAAUUAUGCGGUGUUGAGUCGUAAACGUGAUAAAAACCUUGACACUCCAAGCAGCUCUAAAAGCACUGACUGUGUUGAUAUUGCUACAAGCGUGAAAGACAUACCGCCCAUCGCAGACCAUGCAACUCCAACUCCAGAAUCUCCAGCAACUUCGAAGAGCUUGGCGCAGUAUGAUAACAAUGGGAAUUCACGAAACGAUAUCGUUGGCACAGACCACUCAAACAUUUCUUCAAAAACGAAGAAACCGACUAGUAAGCUGCCGGGAUCGAAGCAAUUAUCAAAACAAGGAAUUCAGAAACCCACACAGAGUAGCAAAAACCCAGUAACAAACGAGAGCGCACCGGAAAUGGCUUGCACUGCACAGGGCAAUCAAACGGCAUUGAUUGUGGCCACAGAACAAGCCGAUUUUGAAAAGAAAGCGGACAGUCAAGCAAACAGAAAACGGAAGGCCAAUAACGGUUCCGAUGAAUCGGAAAGCAGAACGAAGGUUGCCAAAGCGGGAAAAAAUAUGGUGGCAAGGAGUGGUUCUAACACGCUAUUGAGAGCAGCUGACGCAAAUGUAUCACCGAUCUCGAAUCGAGAAUCGAACCAAAAACUUAAAAAUGAUCCAAAGUCCGCAGAUAAUUUAAAACCCCCAGGAAAAAGUGCCACACCCGAUCCCAGGAAUAUUGAAUGCAGUAGUGUUCCAAUGAAGAAUGCUACAAGUAAAACAGAUUUUCGUAAAAAGAUGCGAAUUGCACCAAACAUCCCAAAGGAUACAGUAAGCAAAGGGAUGGACAUCAAUAGGUCCCCGUGCUCCUCUGUAAGUGGAGGUUUGGCAGAUAAAAAUUGCCGAGAAAAGGAGUCAUUGAUGCCCAACAAGCAUCGUGUCAAUAGCAAGGUUUUGCAAACAAAAGGAAAAGAGGACCAAAGCCAAAAUCCAUUGCAUACUACUGUACCCACCACGCGUACCCCUGUACCACGCGUUAGCAUUCCCUUGAAACGGUUGUCCAAUGUUUCGAAAGAACAGAUCGCUGCUUCAAACGUUGGAGCAUCACACAAAAACGAGCAACAAAGUAUUACUGGUUUGAAACCUGUAGCUAUUGCUCAGAGUAUGUCCAGUGCGCAAACAGAAAAUCUUGAUAGUAAUGUAAAUACUCUUGUUGAUGCCGAUACUGCAAAUCAAAAGCCAUUGUCACUAAAUGGCAAAUCUACUGACGAAGCAUCGUCGAUUGCUGUUGAGAAGCCGCCGGCUGACGAUCAACAACCGUCUGUUGAUCAAGGUAAAACGACAUGCGAAUCUAUUGCCAUGCAAUCGCUGGACAUUACUAGGGCGCAGAACGAAGCGGAUCUACUCGGGAAUCCUUCCAGUUUCUCCUCGGUAGAUAAAAGUUCUGAUCCAACGGUGACAGAAUCGUCAAGCCCUGCCACAAAGUCUCCAAAGGUUGGCAUAAAGCAUCGUCGGCACAGCACCUAUGGUAGCAUACGUGUGUGCAGAGAUUUGUUUGAUGCUCCGCAAGAAAGUGUCGAAUUUGCCGCCAUUCGGAAUAAUUUGAUGAUCCGGAAGCCGCCAUCGGGUGAAUCUUUCACUCUUUUGAAUGGUGCAGCAAGCAACCCGGAUCCAUCGACAAUCGGCCAGCAUCACGACGAUACCGUUGUAUCCGUUUCGCCAAUGCAAUUCUCUGUAGCAAACCCGUCGGUUGUGCGGCCGCCGCCACCUCGCAGGAAAAGCGUUUGUUUCGGUAUUAACAAUCAGCCGACACUAAUGCCAAAGAAUGUUUCACUAAACAGCGAUCCAGCCAGAUUGUCAACUGUUCAACGGUUGGUGGAUAAUGCGGCAUCAUAUUCAGUAAGGCCUCUUCAACAAGUAUCUGUCACGAGAGCGCUUCCUUCAGGGAUGACAUCUACGCCGUCGCGGGUGAUUCCGCGGGUCGCGGAAUCUGGUCCAGUGUUGCAGUCGGCUCAACAAGCUCGUACUACGGCAGGCUCUUUAAGAACGUACAGACAACCGUCAACACUUCGAGCAGAGCCGUCAGUUACAGCGGGAAAUGCAACAACAUCGCAGAUGGCCGUUAAUGCGCAACCCAAUUUAGUGAGACCUCCUCAAAAUCAGGUCUCUACCGCGGGGCCUUUGGCUUCAGGGACACAAGAAUCUAUACAAACAUUUACUAUUCGUCGAGUAAUAUUUUCGCAAGCCGUUGGCAGAAACAUUAGGGGAUCACAUCAAAACGCGAUGACAACGGAGCUGGUUAACACUACAACUAAUUCAGUAAGACCUGCUUCUAAUCAAUAGAUUUCUUCCGUUUUGCCUCAGGAACAAAACAGGCGGUGACAAUACAAUAGAUGAUGCUGUUAACAAUCGCAUAAACGGACUAGUUGCCCUCUUUGUAGUGCAGCGUCGAGCUGGUUUACAACAGAAUACACUUUCGAAC